AUGCCUGGUGUGCAGGCGCUCAACAACUUGUUUUUCGGCAGUGGAUGCAGCGGGCGACAAUGGGAUGCUGAAGCAGCCGUGCUUUCUUCGCUAGUCCAUGAACGAGCACCUCCUGGGCGCCAUGUCGAUUGUCUGGUUGACCAGCAGUGGUGGCGUGACCAUAUUGCAGCUGCAGAUGACGAUGCAGCAGCUACCGUGUUUGACUUGUUUGCCACGGAUCCAGCUGGAUGUCAAGUCAAUUUGUACGAGGUGUUAACGUGUGGUGCUAUGCUUUCUCCCCACUUGCGGCGAGAAGCAAAGGCAGCCAUACUGUGCUUGAUUUGGAGUGGUCGCGAAGAUGGCCGACUGGGGGUGUCUGCAGUAGUCGGAAUGCUGAGUUCGUUGUUGCAAGGCCUUCACCGACUGGGGGCACUGGUGCCAUCACCGCCACCCUCCGAGGAUAUCGAAAACGACGUGUGCCGAUUAUUGUGGGUGCUGAGAAAGCACCAGCCAUGCCGGGGCGACGCAAUUGCUUACGAGGAGCUCCUUUUGCUUGCCGAUUUAGAUGCAUGUUUCGCCUUGUUCCUCAAUACAUUCAGCAGCUCCCUGGGUGGUGACAGUGGCCAAGAGUCUGCUGAAGCUUUGCCGGUGCAGGCAAGAGGCAUCGGACGCUCCCAGCGAAGUGCAGAAGCAGCUGUCGGGCGCGGUGGGCGCGGAAAGGGCCGUGCUCGGGGCAGGACCAAGCCCGGCAAAGGCAAAGAGAUCAGCUCCGGUGUCACUGCGGUGGCAAGAAGUCCUGCACCGGACUCCAAGAAGGUGUCAGCUACGACUGCUUCGGCGCUUAUGAGUCGCCGAGAGGUUCUGGAAGCUUUUGAGACUUUCAAAGCCAUUCGGGCCGAACAGGAGCGGCUACCACGGAGAAAGGGUGCAGACACUGCGGCGAUCAGAUCGCUUGACAAGAUCAAGCUUCCCCAAGUGCAGAUGGCAGUAAGGCGCUUGCUGUCGCGCGGGCAGGCACUUGAACUUCGGGAUUUUCUGCGCAUGCUGGCGCUGGCGAAGGCACCGGCGGCGUUUUGUGACCGGCACUUGCGGAUUUUCGAAGCUUGGAUCACUGAACGUGUUCAGUUCACCGAUUCGGAGCUCAUAAAAUAUCGGUUAGACAAGCCGCUUCCAGUGUCGCUAGCAGGUGCAUUGGGAUCGAACAGUGGCUCGGAAGCUGGACGGAGGCGCUUGCAGGCGCUGAUGAGGCGUGCACGGGCUCCCAGCACCCAGGCCUGGCUGCAGCGUCAGCGUUGUGCCCUGAUUGGGGACACAGAGAAGUCCUACCAAGCAUCCCCUGUGGCCAGUCCCAAAAGCAGCGUCCGCGGUGACUAUGCGCUGACCCUGGAGCAGAUGGUCGUCCAGGGUGUGCUUCCGGGAGAGCUGGCAACAGCAGCCGCCAGAACCUUCGGAUGGGAUGGUGCUCACAUGGUCAGCGAGGGGGCCUUCUUGGAGCUGUUCGUGCCUGCGACCCCAGAGGAUUUCCACACUUUGGACUUCUUGCGUGCUUUCCGGCGUGCUUGGCUGUUUGUGACCGAGAAACAGGAUUCCGUUGGGUUUCCAUCGCCAGAAAGGGACAAGGACGGGAGUUGGCUGUUCGGAGACGGGGAGCUGGAGGGCGAGGUCCAUUUGCCUCUCGGCCGCUUGCCGCUGCGGCCAAGCUCUGCGCCAGCUGCCGCAGGAGGGUCCUCGGUGGAUCCCUGCGCCGAGCCAGGCUGCGAGGUGCCUCCAAGCAUGGACCUUGAAGCACGGCCUCCAGCAGAGAGCCAGAAGAGCUCCAAGGAGGCGUUGCAAGAUGCUCAGCUGCUACAUGCGCCGCCUGUACAGGUCGGAAUUCCAGGCAUGCUCAACUUGCCGAAGCCAGCAGUGCCGGAUGACUGUGAAGACAUCUCAGAUCAGUGUGGGGCUGUUCUGCAGGCUGAAGAUCAGUCUCCAGGCAGCCAAAGCGACACGGGACCUCCGGACGAGGAGGGCUUUGAAGAAGGGAGCGCUGGCGAGGAAAGCAAGGUCGCCUUGGAUGAUAUGCCGGAGGUGGACGAGGAGGCAAUGGGAAGCCCUGUGGCUCCAAAGAUUGAGUCCGCUGCGGAAGAGGUUGAGGAGGAGGAGCAGGUUGGCUAUGCCGAGAUUAUCCGACGAAAUGAUGAGUCCUACACCAUGCCAGAGGAGGAUCUCUGCCUGGUAGACGAGGAGCUCCCCAGUCCCAGCUGCAGGAGUUUCGCAGGCGAGGUCGAGGAGGACUACGAAAACCCUGAAGCCACGCCUGCUUGCGGCUAUCCAGGUCGCCCUGCCGUUUCACCUCUGUGCAAGUUUCGCUGUGAGUAUACGCCGCGACUGCGAGACAACAGCCACAUCGGCUUUGACACAGGGCUCUUGCCGAUGAAGAAAAGCGCUGCCGAGCGGCGUUCCGCGGAUUUUCACAAUGCUAAAGCACAUGCCUGUGACGUGGGAGCCGGAAGGCGAUUCGGCGAGAUUCGUUCGCCGCGUGGGAUGACGGUGGCUCUGCAAGGUGACCGGCUGGGCAGCGAAGACCUCUCGUACACCAUUCGCAGGUUGGUACGUGGGGCCUUGAUCUCAGCCAGACGGUUCAGCGGUCGAUACAAUACGAGCGUCAGCACAGUCUUGCGUGAAUCCCAGUCCUCAGAUUGUAAUCGUGAUCCGUUUUACCGUGCCGCGCGGGCCUGGCUGCAAGCAUUAGGCAACGACAGAGGCAUGGAUCAGAGGGCGCACCAUGCCGCCAUCAACAAGCUAGACAUGGAAUUGGACGAGUAUAUGGCAUUCGAUGAUGCGUCCCGUGUUGCGUGGCUUGCUGAGGAGCUCGGCGUUCGGCCUUCCGACCUCUCUUUUCUUCAGGCUUUACCACCUGCACUGCAGCGCAACAUCUGUGAGACCUUCGACAGUUCGGGCACCAAGGCCGUUUUUGGGAGGGAGGGGUGCCGCAAAGAGGGGGCGACCAAGGUGCCCCAAUCUCAUGAAGGAUGGGGUUUGCUUGAAGAGAGGAGGGGGACGGCACAGAGCUCCCGACACUCCGGGCCUGUGAGGAUGGAAACACUUUAG